AUGUCGUCCUCUCCCCCACCACAGCAAAGCAGCAGCCAAGCAGUCCCGGCGCAGACGCCCGAGCGGCACGCACACCGUCAGCCGAGCGCCUCAGGCUCGACCAUCCAAAGCGCGCCUCCGGGCAAGCGCACAAUGCACUUUGUGGGCAGCCCCGCAGCGCAGCAGCGCAGCCGCGAGACACUGGAGAUAGUGCAGGUGACGCGGACGCUGAAAGAGGGCCUGAUGCGGCUCAAGGCCAUGGUCGAUCCCACCACAAUCCUGCUGUCGCCGACGCGGCGGCCAAUGCGGGCGCUGCGGGCGCACUCGGCAAACUCGCCGCUGGUGAGCCCUACAGGGCACAGGUACCGGCAGCUGAGCAGACAUAGCUCGAUGGUGCCGCAGACGGCGGCUGGCCGGGAGGGCGUGUUUUCGUGUCCGCAGCGGCUGGAGAGGCGCGCGGAGAGCAAUGUGGCGAGGGCGCCGAGAUUUGAGCUCUCUGGGAUUAAUGAGGAUGAGAGGGCGGCGGAGACGAUGAUUUUGAUUAUGAAUUCGGAGCAUUCGAGUCAGCAGGCAUCGCCAGUGUCGCCGCCUGAGCCCAGGCCAAGGGCUGUGGAGCAGGACAGCACAGAGGAGGAAAGCGAUGAUCUGUCGCUGCUGGUUGCUGGAAAUAAGCGACAGAGGAAGAGCAGUCCGCAGGAGUCGACAGAGGAGCUGGCAAAGGAGCUGACAGAGGAGCUGACAGAGGAGCGGACAGAAGAUGCGUCAGAGCCAUCGUCACCAAGGGACAAGUGA